AUGCGUCGUCCUGCGACAGACUUCAUGUUUGUUAAUAUUGCACGGCCCCAGGAUAUGAACGAUAGGAAAACACGCAAGAGAAUCAACAGCCAUGUGAUGAAACCAAUUGGUGCAGCCCGGAGAUGCCAUCGUCCAGGUCAGAUAAUACGACUUCGCCUCAAUUCUGCAGAAGCGACGCCGCAGGUAGCAAAAAAAGCACAAAUUCCUGCUCUCUCAGACAUGCAAACACCAAACCCUGUCCAGCCGUCGGAGGCAUUUCCUUCAAAACUCAAGCUGGCACCGUCUCUACCACCUUACGAAAGACCAACAUCAUAUCCCAUGUCGACUCGCACAACCAGAAUCCUCCACUUCUUGUGUGUAGCAGAUGAGGCACCGGUGUGUAAAAUGAUGCGCGAGCUGUGUUUCGCUCUCGCGUUUGUCGAUGAUAGUGCUAUGCACUUGGUUCUAGCCAGGCUUGAAAUAGAUCCCGAAAGAAACGGGGGGAAACCUUCAAAAGACAACACCGCGACAUUGUCACAUUACAACGCCUCGAUAGAAACAUUGAGAAGCCAGCUUGGAGAGCCAGGGCUGAUUGCCCAUGAAAUCAUCAUUGGUGUGGUUGUAAACUUGGCGUGUUAUGAUAUAUUCACCGAUAACUUGCAACGCUGGAAAACACACAUGUUAGGAUUACAAACAAUGAUCAGCUAUCGAGGCGGCAUAGGCACUCUCAGUUCCCAGUAUCUUCAAGUGACAGCAACUUGGGUUGACUUGAUUGGGUCCAUGAUUCUCGACGAAGCUCCAUAUUUCACUCCACAACCCAGUGAGCCUAUUAGUUUACAUAUGCAAUCCACGGGAGUGGUGCCAGAAAGCUGCAAAGACAUCUCUACUCUUCUAAAAAUGCUCAUCAAACUCUCAAACCUCUCCACAGGAAAGUCAGAGCUUGAGCUCAGUGAAGACUCUGCUCUGCUAGGAGCUCUGCAAGCGGCAGUAUACACAGCCUUGACGUUACCACGUUAUGAGAUUCUCGGACUACACAACCCUUCGACGCCUCAACUAGCAACUUACGAGCUUGUCCGACUGUCAAUACUCGCUUAUCUCUCAGGGCCUGUAAUGUUUCUAGCUGGCGACAUGGUUCGAAAUGUGAUAGCCUCUCAUUAUAGGGGGAAGAUAAUGAGACUGUACGAUCCGGAACAACUCGUCUGGGCAGGCCCCGAACAUGUGGAACUAUUUGUGCUAGUCACUGGAGCUUUAAUCGAGAGGGGGUCGGAUAGAUACUGGUUGUUGAGCCAUCUUCGCCGCAUCAUGCUUUCGCAGAACUUGAGAUGGAACGAUCUGGUUAUGAGGCUUAACUCGAUGGCAUGGUUUGCUGUCGUCUGGACAAGCGGACUGGAAGAGCUGCAAGCCGACCUUGCUAUGAUGGAUGGAACAGCGUAG